AUACAGUUUACAGUAGUAUAUUUACUUUAUUAUGGUGACUACUUUUAACCUCUAUUUAAACUCGUCACAAAAUUAUCUCGUAUUAUUAAAAUUAUGUCAGUGUAUCAUGAUGAAGUAGAAAUUGAAGAUUUUGAAUAUGACGAAGAUGAAGAAAUAUAUUAUUAUCCAUGUCCUUGCGGAGAUCAAUUUCAAAUAUCUAAAUCAGAAUUAGCUGCUGGAAUAGAAGAAGCCACGUGUCCUUCCUGCUCUCUAGUUAUUAAAGUAAUUUAUGAUAAGGAAGUGUUCAUAGUUAAAGAGGAAGAACUUGUUAGAGAUGAAGAAAAACAGCUUAUGGCUCAGAAGAUAUGAGAUAAAUCGAAAUAUUUUCUCAAGUGUUUUUUAUGAUCACAAUUGAAAUGAAGAAUUAUCAAAGUUUUUAAGAGAAGAAAUUGCCAAUAGAUUUCAAAUAAAUAUUGCUUUUACUAAUUUUAUUAAUUCUUAUAAAAUAAAAUACGUGUAUUAUUAUCAUGGCUGGGCGUGGCAGAGGAAGAGGUAAACCUUCUAUGUCAAUUAGCACAGAACAAUUAGGUUUUACUAAAGGAGAGGCAUUACCACCACCAGUGUUACAACCUCCACCAAAAUAUCCUUCU